AUGUUCAGCUCAACCUCUUUUGCGUUUGCUUAUUUUGCGUUCUCUUCUCUCGUUGCGGAAGCUUUGCCUGCACCUGCCCCAUCUGCACCAUCGUUUUCGCUCCAAUCUUAUUACCACGGACCGCCAGCCUGGAGCCCCUCGGCCACGUACGAAUCGACUUCGACCUUCCCGACCCUCUCUAUUGGAUCACAACACAUCGCACCUACUGGAAUUGUCCCCUCUGGAUAUCUCGCCUCUGGCUCUGGAUUUUACCCAACCGCAUCUGGAUAUGCUUGGCCUACUGGAACUGGAUUCCCUUCUGGAGUAACUGGAUACCCUCAACCUACUGGAACUGGACAACUCAAUGCCACCGCCUUCGCUAAAUGGUGGACAUCGUAUCGUCAAUCUUCUUCUCAAUCUCUCUACUCUACCGCUUCAUACAACAGCACAGCCUCGGCUUCUGCUAACAGCACUGUCGCCUCAUCAACAUCGGUCGCUGCUUCUGGCACUGCAACUGCCUCCACCGGAUCUGCCGCCCUCCCCGACGUUCUUCGCGGAGUGAACAUUGGCGGCUGGCUUAUUCUCGAGUCAUGGAUGAACUGGGAUGUCUUUGCCAACACUGAUGCCAAGGAUCAGUACUCUUUCGACAGUUGUGACGGCGCCAAAGACAAGCUGGAGCAACACUGGUCAACCUACUUCACCGAGUCCGACGUUGUGGGACUGGCUGCCGCAGGGAUCAACGCUGUGCGUAUCCCUAUCGGUUUCUGGUCCUACGUUGAGUCUGCACCCUACCUUAUGGGCGCCGAUGCUUACCUCGAGAAGGCCAUUGGCUGGUGUCGCAACCACGGUAUCAAGGUUCUCGUCGACUGCCACGGCUCGCCUGGCUCGCAGAACGGUUUCGACAACUCUGGCCGCUCGGGCAACGUUGCCUGGCAGCAAGAUGACAACAUGGAGCAGAGCAUCAGCAUCCUCGAGACUAUCGCCAAGAAGUACGGUGCUCAGGAGUACGCUGACGUCGUUUUCGGAAUUCAGCUUGUCAACGAACCCAUCUCGUGGGACCAGAACAACAUCGACACGACCAAGGAAUGGGCAAAGAAGGCUUACGCAGCUGUCAAGUCUGCAUCGACCAACCAAGACCUUGCUGUCAUCAUGCACGAUGGCUUCAUGGGACCUUCUGACUGGGAAGAGGUCGGCUCUGCUGUCAACGGAGACGCUUCUCUUUCUGAUGCCAAGUUCUGGAUCGACACCCAUCUCUACCAGAACCAGGUUUCAGCUGACUCUCUGCUCACCCAAGACCAACAUGUCGCCAAGGCCUGCAACUGGCAAUCAACUGAGUUACUGCCUUCAUCUUCCAAGCUGCCUGUGAUUGUUGGCGAGUUCAGCGCUGCCACCAACAUCUGCGCCAACCCUGAUGGAUCCACUGUUGCUGGCAGCGUCUGCUGGACGGAUGGCUGUCAAUGCUCGGCCAACGUACCCAUCGAGAAUUGGAACCAGCCCCUCAUCCAAGCCACCCGCAAGUUCCUCGAAGCCGAGCUCGACACAUUCGAGGCACACGCUCGCGGCUACUUCAUGUGGAACUUCAAGGGACCCGGUGCUUGGGGCUACCAGAACGCCGUCAAGUAUGGCUUGAUUGGAGACAAGAUCACAGACAGAAAGUACCCUGGUCAGUGCAGCUCAUGA